AUCAUAUCCUGCCCUAAUGCGACGGCUUAUGGUAGGUUCUCACACGCUGUGUAAGGACCCCCUGGCACUUUCCUCUUUGAAGUUGUCAGCCAACAGCCCCUUCCUGAACCCUUCAGUCAAGUUCAUAACAAGACCUUCUAUGAAAGGAAGCCGCGCGUCAUGACCGCCUUCGCGAAGUAUACGUCCACGACUUACUCUGACCAAACUGCACUUUGGCUGCUUAUACAAACACCUUCCGCUUUGCCAUUACGUCGCCUUGUUGAACCAGAAAAUUUGUCCUCGGCAAUGCCUGUGUCAUCCAUCUUCUUCGGCCUGUUGACUCUUGCCUUUGCUACCUAUACGGCUGCAGUCAGUCGUCCCUCCACUGAUCUCAUUGAACGAAAUACCACGUUCAGCCAAAUCCAGCCUUCUCGGGAUAGUCCACACAAGUACAACUUCCAUGAGUUCCGGCCUCGAGAUGAUCCCUAAGACUCCUUCCAGCAGCCGUACUUCAGCUUCAGGAUCUUAUUCUCCAGAAGGCUGGCAUCACUGAAGAGUUCUUCCAUCGUCAUUGGAAGACUGUUCACGCCGACCUCACCUUAGAUCAAUUAGACUUUGCUCUUCGCGUGCAGCGAUAA